AUGGGCCACCGGCACAGCAUCCCAGUACGUGAGCAGAGGCACCAAGAGCAGCAGCAGCCCAUGCCGUCCCUUCAGCAAAACAUGCCGCCCUUUCAGCAGCAGCAGCAACAGCAACGUAACCAGAGCAGGGUGGAGCCAGUGGCAGAGCAGCACAGAGCAGUGGCGGACCAGCGCGAGGACGCUCUUGCAGGCAGCGAGGGCACAGCAAUGGGCUCGGCUGAACUGAUGGGUUCGGGCGUGGGGCGGGGCAUGGGCAGGGGCAAGGACAUGGGCAUGGGCGUGAGCGUGGGCAUGGGCAUACAUGGUGGUAGCGUCAUGGGUAGAGGAUGGAGUGGUGCAGCGAGUGCAGUGCUUCCCUCUGUUGAGCAGCACAUGGGAUGGCUGGCAGCACAGGCCAGCUUGCAGCAGCAACAACUACAGAAGCAGCAGCAGCGGCAGCAGCAGCAGCAGCAGCAGCAGCAGCAGCAGCAGCAGCAGCAGCAGCAGCAGCAGCAGCAGCAGCAGCAGCAGCAGCAGCAGCAGCAGCAGCAGCAGCAGCAGCAGCAGCAGCAGCAGCAGCAGCAGCAGCAGCAGCAGCAGCAGCAGAGGCAGCAGGAGAGAGGCAUUGCAGAGCAGCAAGGGACAGGGGGAAACCAAAGGCAUUAUACAAACCAACAGCAGCAGCACCCAUCCUUCACUGCCUCGCCAGCUGCUGCUGAGCUACCUGCAGGCAUCUCAAGUGGCCAGGUCCAGCCAAGGGGCACAGCUGGCACGUCGGAGCUAAGAGGUGCAGCCGAGGCAAGGAGAGAGGGCGAGUCAUUGUUUGCUAAUACUGAGCAGAUGAGGAAGAAGCAGCGAAGCAUGCACACUGAAGUGGUGGGCGGGAGUGGGCUAGGUGCGCAGUCAACAGCAGUAGCAGCCACUACCACAAGCACAGCUGUGCUGCCAUCCGGGGAGACUGUGGAUGUGGAACAAGUGGUGAUUGGGCAGCUCUCCCCUGCCCAUAUCUCACAGCAUAUGCGCCUGCUCUCCCGCCUCUCCCACCCUCACAUCGUCGACACCCUUGGCUACAAGCUGCUGGCUGGCAACAUUUGUCUGGUAGCGACAGCCCACAUGUCUCAAGGAACUCUCCUCCAGUGGCUCAAAGCCUCCUCCCCUCCUCUGCUCGACUGGCCUGCAAGGGUGCAAGUGGCCCGGUCGGUAGCCCGAGCGCUCACAUUCGCCCACUCGUGCGAUCCCCCCCUGCCACAUGGCGCGCUCUCCUCGCGCCACGUGGCGUUUGGAGCGGACCUCAAGCCACGUGUCAGCGGCUUCGCUGCUGCCAGGCUGAGAAGACUGGGGCAACGGAGGGAAUUGCAUGGAGAUUCCUCUGCUGACAUGGAUGCUGACAUGGCAGCUGAUGUGGCGGAGUGCGUAGCAUCGGACAUACACAGCUUUGGUCUCAUUCUCCUCCAUCUGCUCACCGGCCGUGACCCCUUCCUCUCAUCGCCAUCAUCAUCAUCAUCAUCACCACCUUCUGCCUCGUCCUCUGGUGGCCUUCCGACCGAUGCACAGCGGCUGCUGGCUGAGGUGAGUGGAGAGAGCUGA